AAUGAUUUAGUAACUCCUAGAUGAAAUGACUGUAGCUUCAGAAAAAUAAUAAAAGGAAAUGAAUAAAAUUAAUUAUAAACAUUAAAGAAGAACUAGAGAUGUAAUUAAUGCAGAAAAAUAAGAAAAAUUAGAAAAUAAAGAAAUAGAUGUUGGUUUACCAAGAAUUAAAGACAAAGAAGAAGUAUAUUAAGAAUUAAAAAGAAGAUUUAGAAUGGCAUGGAAAAGUAUUCUAUUUAUUCAUUUUUUUAAGGUCCUGGAUUCAAAAAUGAUGAAUUUACUAAAAUACCAACAUUAAAAGGUAAAAUAUUGAAUGAAUGGGAAAUAUUGAGAAUAAACUUAGCAGAGAGAAGUUAUAAGGCUCCAUAAGGUUUCACUUUUUUUCAAUGCUUUUAGGCUUCAAAGGAUUCAAAAUACCUAGUCAAUAUUAAGAGUUUUAAAAGCCAAAGACACCACCAGGAAUAAAGAAAUAAUUAGAUGAAUUCAAAUUAGAUUUUGAAGAUUUUGUUCAAAGGCCUAGCAAAUAUGGAAAAGUACAUGAAGAUGAAAUAUUAGAAAAAGUGAGGAUAAAUAACAAAGAACCAUUUAGAUUAACAAAUAGUGUUUAACAUAAUGAAUUUGGUUUUGACCCUCAUUUAACAUGGGAAGCAGAAAUGAAAAGAAAAUAAUCUAAUAGUAAAAAAUUAAAUAAAUGA